UCGAUGAUGACCGGGAGAGAGCUCGCUGCCGCGGAGAAAUCCCGCAAUCCAAGUUACAAGGACGACCUGAGCUUCAACGUGAGGUUCAACCAGUGGACGUUGAAGACAAUCGGCACAUGGCCAAGAUCGCUGAAUCACACGUUCCUCGAGACGAUCCAACACGUCACUCUGAACCUUCUCUGUUACGGCCUGCUCGCGUUCAUCCUGAUCCCCUGUAGCAUGUUCAUCGUCCUGGAGAUCAAGGACUUUUACAAUCAGCUGAAGCUCGGCAGCGCGCUCAGCUUCUUCAUGAUGGCGGUGAUGAAGUACUGCGUCUUCAUUGCCCGCGAGGCUGACAUACGUAGAUGCGUGAAGCUGAUCGAGAACGACUGGAAGAACGUGAGAUACGAGGAGGAUCGUGAGAUCAUGUUGAAGAACGCGAGCUUCAGUCGCCGACUGAUCGUCAUCUGCGGCGCAUUCAUGUACGGAGGGGUGAUUUUCUAUUACAUCGCCCUGCCGCUCACUCGGGCAAAGAUCGUGGAAGAGGGCGGCAAUUUGACCUACAGAAGGCUAGUCUACCCUUUCCCCAAGGUUCUCCUGGACGCUCGGCACAGUCCCAUCAAUGAAAUUUUCUAUACGAUACAGCUGUUUUCUGGCUUCGUGGCUCAUAAUAUCACGGUCGCUGCCUGCGGCUUGGCUGCCCUCCUCGCGAUGCACGCCUGCGGUCAGUUACAGGUAUUAAUGUCUUGGCUGGAGAAAUUGGUGAACGGAAGGGAGAACGACGACGAGAGUUUGGAUCAGAGGUUGGCCAACAUUGUGAACCAACACGUCCGGAUAAUCAAUUUCAUAGCUCUCACAGAGAAUCUGUUGCACGAGAUAUCACUGGUAGAGGUUGUGGGGUGUACGUUGAACAUAUGUUUCCUUGGAUAUUACUCGAUGAUGGAAUGGGAUCCUAAGCAACCUGUCAGCGGCGUGACGUACAUAAUAUUGCUCAUAUCCGUCACGUUCAACAUUUUCAUAUUCUGUUACAUCGGCGAUCUUUUAGCAGAGCAGACGAUCAAGGUCGGCGAGAAGUCUUACAUGAUCGAUUGGCAUCGAAUCCCAUGGAGGAAAAGUUUCGCCAUACCUUUGGUGAUCUCGAUGUCCCGUUCAACCACCAAGCUCACUGCCGGCAACAUCAUCGAGCUUUCCAUCAGUAGUUUCGGCGACGUCAUCAAGACGUCGUUCGCAUACUUGAACAUGCUGCGAACACUCACGAUGUAAGGAUUUUCUUUCAGAAUGACUUCGACAAUUGACCGAUAUCGCGAUUUUCGCACGGAAAAGUCAGAAAGAGCAUGGAGACACAAAUAUAUCACAUGGAGAUGUAU